UUCCCAAAGUGAUGAAGAGGGCCGGGGGGGCAAAGCACGGUCUGCCCCCCGACACAACCUUGACACACCAGAGCAGAGGCGUGACGCCCAGAAGGACAGCAGGCCAAGGUUAUGACUUUAUCGGGAGACGUGUGCUGACCAUGAGUAUUUGUAACCGAGAGGGGGGUCAAUGUGCCGAGAUGGCGAUGGUUUGCCUGACAGACUUUGAAGAGUACGCCAAGGAGCAUCUCUCCAAGGCCACCUGGGAUUAUUACGCCGCCGGAGCCGACGAAUGUUGCACCAGAGAUGACAACCUUCUAGCCUACAAGCGGAUCCGCCUGAGACCUCGCAUCCUGCGGGACGUGUCGGUGAGCGACACCAGGACCACGGUGCAAGGCACAGAGGUCAGCUUCCCAGUGGGAAUCGCACCGACAGCCUUCCACUGCCUGGCCUGGCAUGAAGGCGAGGUGGCCACAGCCAGAGCCACGGAGGCCCUGAACACCUGUUACAUCACCAGCACUUACUCCACCUGCUCCGUGGAGGAGAUCGUGGCGGCGGCGCCCAGCGGCUACCGCUGGUUCCAGCUCUACGUCUACCGGGACCGCAAGCUGUCGGAGCAGAUCGUGCACCGCGUGGAGGCGCUGGGCUUUAAGGCGCUCGUUCUCACCGUGGACGUGCCGUACACCGGCAAGCGCCGCAACGACAUUCGCAACCAGUUCAAGCUGCCACCGCAUCUCAAGGUCAAGAACUUUGACGGCGUCUUCCAGGAAGCGGCGGGCCCGGAGGAGUACGGCAUCCCAGCCAACACUUUGGACCCGUCUAUCAGCUGGAAAGACGUGUACUGGCUGCAGUCCAUCACCAGGCUGCCCAUCAUCAUCAAGGGCAUCCUGACCAAGGAGGACGCCGAGCUGGCAGUGGAGCAUGGUGUGCAGGGCGUGGUCGUGUCCAAUCACGGCGGCAGGCAGCUGGACGGCGGCCCGGCCUCGAUCGACGCGCUGUCUGAGAUCGUGGACACAGUGCAGGGCCGUAUCGAGGUCUACCUGGACGGGGGCAUCAGGACCGGGAGCGACGUGCUCAAAGCGCUGGCCCUGGGGGCCAAGUGUGUGUUUAUUGGCCGUCCGGCGGUGUGGGGACUCGCAUACAAGGUAGUAUAAAGUGGCGAGGAGGGCGUGCGCGAGGUGCUGCAAAUCCUCAACGACGAGUUCCGCCUCUCCAUGGCUUUAUCAGGUGCGCCUUGUUAGCGCCUCUCCAACCCUGCAUCCGCUUGACUGUCACGGCCUUUUAUCGAGCAGGUUGCAAGAGCGUGGCCGAAAUCAACAGGAACCUCAUUCAGCUUUCCAAACUCUGACCAAGCAGAAGAAGAAGAAGAAGAUCUCAUUCAUCACGUCCACAAAGCUGAUUUGACUGUAUUAUAUCAAAAUAAUACACUGCUGUACAUUCACACACAGUAGGUGAUGUGUGUUGGUGCAAUAAAUGCAUCCAUUGGUUUA